AUGGAGUUCUCAAAGAUUCGCCCGUGUAACAUUUAUGUGACUUUUUCAAUUAUAUUUAUCUGCUUUGCUGUUUGUUUCGUGGCGUUGAUUCAUCUAGAGUGCGAAGUUUACGCUCAGCGACAAAUGCUUCAAGUUUUAACUCGACGGCAAAGAGAAGAAAAUAACAAACCAAGAAACCCUGAACACGAGGAUCCGAUUGCUGUUGUACUCAGAUCGUUGCGUAGCGACUCUGGUGAAGGUAAGCCUGAGAUAAUUACUUAAUAACCAGGCUUGAAUCAGGCCAUGCCAUAAGGAUAUUAUUGCGCUUGUUUUUAUCACAAAAACUCUACUUUACUGUGGUCAAGUUAAAGUUACUUCUUUUUUUUAAGUGUUAAAAUUUUAAAGUACAAGUAGGAACAUGACGUGUGUCCUUCUCUGAUCUGAAUGCUAAAUAUAACGCUUAUCAUAACUAUUGAAACUGUAAGAAUUCCUGCUGCUGACCGCUGCAGUGCGUUACGAAAUGUAAUGACAUCACUGAUGUCAUUUUUUACGAGACUGGCACGUAACAAUCCGUCCCUUUUUCGCCUUUUGCCUAAUAGCUUCCGCUUCAGUUUUGACCACCAUUCGCUUCAACGCGCAACACAUUUCCUUGAAAUGAAAGGAAACCGAAAUCAAAUCUUUGUCGCUAUUGACCAAUGGCACCCCUUUCGUGUGCCUAGUUUAGAACUUUACAUCUUUUUAAUUGCUUUACUGAAUGCAGUGUCUUCAUGAAUAAAUCACAAAACCAGAAAGAGAACCUCGUCUCUAUUUUUUACAGCUAUGAAAUGCAUCCGUUAUCCCUUUAGGCCUUUGCACGGAAAUGACAGAUUUCCGCUACCCUUUCAUAUACGUACUUCAACUAGUGAAAUCCCUACCCUUUCUGAAAAAGGUACCCCCUUCGGGCGGAACCUUCCCGUAUAGGCCAUUAUGGGGAGUAGCCCCGGGGGGCGGGGAGGUCGCUAUAGAUUUUAACGUACAAAGCGCUUCGUGCCAAGUUUAUUCAAACGUUGGAAACAACACUGAAACAAAUAUACGUUGCAAUGACUGGAAUCCCUUUAAGAUAACAAGUUUUUAAAAAUCCGUUUUUAAGAAGAUUAAAAAGCUUUGAAGUUUAUCCAUCUGUGCCUCCCUCUAGUUUGUUUUUUAAAAGUGCUAUUUUUACUUCCGUCUCUUGUGAUAAUGUUAAUUUCGAACUGUUAUAUUGUUUCACUUUACAGCUAGGGUAAAAAAUGCCUGAUAAAUUUCGUGACAGUUACUGCUGCUUUGGUAAAAUGGUAAACAAAAAAAGGAAAACGCUUUCAAACUUCGAAAUAUGCUUUCGGUAUAUUUCGAGCGAAUAAUUAAUGAUCCUAAUCUAAAAUCGUGUCCAUUACUUUUUUGCAGAACUGUUACACACUCGUCAUAAACGUUCCGCAGGAAAUGACAGUGAGGUCUCAAAACAAGGUAAACCUGUCAAUCCUGAUGACGUCAGAGGACUGAUUAUUGCUUUGGGUAAGCUGGCCUGUCCUGUAAAAUGCCCAAGAGGUCCCAGAGGACAAAGAGGCAGUCCUGGUCACCCAGGCAAACAUGGACCGCCAGGUCCUCCAGGACUACAGGGACCAAAAGGCGACAAAGGGGCUCAAGGAAAUCAGGGGCCCCCUGGGCCUAAAGGCGAUCAAGGCCCUCAAGGACCUAAGGGCGACCCUGGUGAAUCCAUCUCAGCUCCUUCCAUUGUGUUACCUCCAUUGUCAAUGGUGGUGAACGAAACUGGUAUAGCCUCGUUGCAAUGCGAGGUUAAAGGAAAUCCAGCGCCUCAGGUCACGUGGCUGAAAGAGAAUUCCAGCCUUCCCGCGGACAAGCGGGUAUUCCAGUCACGUGAUGGUCUGAUUAUUACCGAUGUGACGUCACAGGAUAGUGGAUUGUACACAUGCGAAGCAAGAAAUUUUCUUGGAACAGCAUCGUCCUCGGUCACAUUAACUGUGCAAGGUAAUAAGGUUAAAAAAAUUGUUUCCGCCUAGCAAAUGUUAAAUAGAGGAAGCAGCCUUAAAAGAAAAACUAGACAUUCAAAAUGCGCAUUCUGUGAGACUUUCAAGUGAAUUGAAUACAGUGGAAGCUCUCUUAACAGACACUCUUAUAAGUGGACGGCUCCAUUUUCAGUCGUUUUCACAAAACUCCGUUUUUCUCAACUCCCAUACAAACUCUGUAUUUUUUGCAUUCCAGUAAGCGGCCAGCAGCAUCAGUUACGUUCACCUUUUUUUUGUCCCAAGGGUGUCCGCUCAAGAGAACGUCCACUGUAUGUUAUACCGCUUUAUUCCAGAAAUCGACAAUUUCUUUUCCAUUUUUUAGUAUAGGUAAUUUCCUAUCUAUUCUGUUUCAGCCAUGAUAGCAAGACCAACAACGACCAUUGAGUCUUGAUAACCUUACCGUGAACGUUUCUUGAGACGCUUGCCUUAAUUUUCUCUUACUUUGACCGUGGAAAUUCAUUUUCAACUCCGGUUCAAAUUGUUGUUGUUUUAAAAAUCCUCAUCUUUUUUAUGCCUUAAACCGCCUCGGGGUGGGGCAAUUCGGGAGGGAAUACCCAUGGGCUUCUUCCCCGGAAAAACGGUAACACAUCACUGAUGGUUAUUUUCUCUUUUUACAUAAAAGCUGCCGUUACGCCAACGUCUCUCGUGCGCAAUCCCACGUCCUGCAGCAGCUUAAAAACAGGCUCUUCAGGAAAUUAUAUAAUCGAUCCUGAUGGCGACGGAGGCGUGACUCCCUUCAACGUUUAUUGUGACAUGCGUGACAAAGGAGGAAUUGGCGUGACAAUCAUCAGUCACGAUAGUGAGAAUAGAACCCACGUUGGUAACAUUCCAGGUUGCAGUGGAGUGGGUUGCUACAGUAAAAAGGUAAAUUAUACUGGAGUCAGCAUCGCCCAGCUAGAAGUACUCACUCAAGUCUCACGGAAAUGUGAACAGUUUAUCAAGUUUGAAUGCAACAAUGAUGUUCAGUUUAUUCAGGCCAGUUAUGCAUGGUGGGAGUCACGUGAUGGAACACGCAUGUACUACUGGGGUGGCGCAACUGGUUAUACCAACAUGUGCGCAUGCGGAGUAACAAACUCGUGCUCUAAUGGUGAAAAGUGCAACUGCGAUUAUGGGGGCUACAGCAGUGGAUGGAGAGAGGACAGCGGCAUGCUGACAGAUAAGUCCUCCCUUCCUGUAACACAGAUCAAACUGGGAGACUUGGAUAGCUCAAAUGAGGAAGGAUAUCUGACAUUAGGAAAACUGAAAUGUUAUGGGAAAGCGUAG